UCGAGCGCCGGCGUCUCUCAGUAGCAUGAAGCCACCGCAGCGGCGGCGAGCGGCCCCGGCACGCUAUCUGGGAGAGGUGACCGGCCCCGCGGCCUGGAGCCCCCGCGAGAAGCGGAAGCUCCUACGACUACUGCAGGCGCGGCGGGGCCAACCAGAGCCAGACUCGGCCGAGCUGGCCCAGGAGCUACGGGGCCGAAGCGAGGCUGAAAUCCGGGCCUUCCUCCAGCAGCUGAAAGACCGAGUGGUCCGGGAGGCCAUUCAGAGGGUGCAUCCAGGUGGCCCAAAACGCAGAGAGGCGGAGCCCCCAGCCCCCAUAGAGGUAUGGAUGGAUUUAGUUGAGAAGAUAACAGGCCCACUGGAGGAAGCCCUGACAGCAGCUUUCUCCCAGGUGCUCACCAUCGCAGCCACAGAACCUGUCAGUCUCCUGCAUUCCAAGCCCCCCAAGCCCACACAAGCCCGUGGAAAGUCACUGAUCCUGAACAGCACUGGAGGGCAGGGGGACACCACCCCAGGGGCCCCUGGUCCUGCCUCUGAGACGCCUGCCAAAUCCCCUAAUGGCCCUGCUGUUGAGGGAGACAUCACCAUGGACUUUGAGAAGAUUUACAAGUACCUGUCCUGCUGCUCCCGGAGUGGUCAUGUCCCAGAGCUCUCAGCAGCUGAGUCAGCUGUGGUCCUUGACCUGCUCUUGUCGCUUCCUGAGGAGCUGCCCCGCCUGCCCUGCACAGCUUUGAUUGAGCAUAUGACUAAAACAUAUGCUCACCUGAUGGCCCCACAGCCCAGUCCCUCUGGUAGAAGCCCUGGACCUGGGGCUGAGGAUGGAAGUGCUUGCUCCCAGGGGCCAGAGGAGCCCAGCCAGACCAGCCCCCAUGCCCCUGAGCAAGCCACGCCAGGGGAACCGAGAUCAGCCUGGCAAGCAGCUGGGAUCUGCCCCUUGAACCCAUUCCUGGUGCCCCUGGAGCUCCUAGGCCAGGCAGCCACCCCUACAAGGUGAGGGGCAUAGCAGGUCGUAGAAACAUCUGAACUAAUCUGGCCCUUAGUGUUUUGUAGCCAUCACUGGGUUGUCAUGAGGAUUAUUUUAGAAGGUCCCUGACAUGGUGCUCAAUGUGGCCUAGUCUUUAGAUGCUUUACAUGUCAGGGAUCUCAGAAACAGAACUAGAGUUGUGCAGGGAUUAAUGGAGAAUAGGGAUGCAAGACUCUACAGACAAGCAUCCUGAACCCCUGGACAGACAGAUGGAACUGACCUGCCAAGCCCAGCUUCCUUGUUCUCAGAUAGCAGAGCCAUGGCUGGUCCCCCAUACUGUGACCUCCUCAUAUGCCCUCUCUUGUCCAGGUUUUCAUUAUUUUCAUCCCUGAGCCCUCUUCACUCUCCUCUAUUCAGUGCCCACCACUGCCGGCUCCUCAUUUCUUCCUGGGGUGUCCUAUGGCUUCUAAUAAAGUUCUCAUCUACCUGUC